CAUCGAAGACAACAUCAAGGGGGAAAUGUCGUUCAAGGAAAUCUCACAAGUGGAAAAAGAGGUAACAGAGGACAAAUCUCCUUUGCCAUCGGCUUCUCCAAUUGGCGAUACUUCCAAUGCUGUGCUUACCUGCACUACAAAUGAAUCUCACAAUGAGAAAGUAGACGAGAAGAAAAUUAACGACACUCGUCAAGAUGAUGAGAAGUCAAAGUCCAAGGAGAAAAGUCAAAAACUGGUCGAUAAAGAUGACGAAGAUGAUUACGAAGAUGAUUUUGACAGCGAUACUGACGAAUCAAGUAAAUCAUCUAAUGAAUUGCCAAGCGAUGAUGACCUCUCACCAAGUUCAGAGGAUAUUGAAAUCACAAAGAUGGCGAAUAAUACCAAGCCAACCAAUGCUGUUCCUGGAAAGUCCUGCCUUGCUCUUGUACCUUCCAGUGGUCGAAACAACGAGGAGAAAAAGACAGUCAGUUUCAGGGAGGCUCUAGAAGACGUUCGUUACUAUAAAAUAGACGAUUGCCCUUCUAAAGCAGGGAAAGGUUAUUUCAUGAGUCCUUUCCAUUUGCAAGAACUAUAACAAAGAAAACAUGGACGAGGAUUUGGAAUGCAGUUUAGAUUUAUGGCUGAUUCCUUUAUAAAGGAAGAAUCACGGGAAAAUCAUAUUAAUAAUUUUGUGCUA